AUGAGCAGCCCAUUCGUGUUGCAUGACGAGUUACAACGUCUCCAAGAAGACCAGUCAACAUACAGCAUUCCAAACGAGGUCACCAUUCAAGGAAGAACCGAUCCUGAAUUGACGAGAUACUUGAAUGACAUUACCGACAGCAUAGAAGUCUCAUCCGACAACAUUACUGAUCCUCUUGUGUUUGACAAGAUCAGAAGCUUUAUCAAAAACUUUCAGCAUGUGAAUCCACGUAUUGCCGCCAAGCUGUUGGAUAUCAUUUUAUCAGCCUUCAAAGCCGAGAUUAAAUCGACAUCUGAGGAUAUGGAGAACAAUGAAAAGGAAACGUUUGCAAGUCAUCGUCAAAAUCUCGAGUUGUACGGCUUCUUGGUACAUUGGAUCCUUAUGGUUGCUGGUAAUCGACCAUCAUCAUCCACCUCAACGACAUCCAGCAAAUCGAGGAAAGGAAAAUCAAGGAUGGAUGAUGAUAAGGGCCAUGAUUGGUCUAGUCAAAAACUCAAAGCCUUUGACCUUGUCGCAUUGCUGUUGGAAUACAAGCUAUCCAAGAUAUGGCCAUUGACCCCAGAGCGGGGGACAUUUAUCAGCUUAUUCACCAAACCAGCAUUCCAACUCUUUGAACAUCCACCAGCACCAAAGACGAAUGUAACAGCUGCAGCUAUCAAGAUGAGAGCGUUCAAAAUCCUUGCUUUGAGUAUCAAGUACUAUGAUCAAAUGUUUCCUGCCCAGACGACAAUCAUGCAAAAUUUGCAGUAUUGGGAACAUUCUGCUGAGCCAAUGGCCGAACUCCUCACCUUUAUGAAUGAAAAGUACGCCGUUACACAGCUCGCUGACGAGAUUUUGCGUGAAGUGAGCAAGAAGGAGUUCAAGGACAUGUCCAACAAAGAGGUCAAAGAUUCAUCCAAUCCAAAGACGUUCUCGGCUUUCUUGAUCAAGCUUUCCGAAUUAUCACCAAAAUGUAUAUUAAAGAAUCUGGGCCUACUUAUCGAUCAGCUUGGAAGUGAGUCUUACACUAUGCGUAUGGCGAUUGUUGACAUUCUGGGCAACCUGAUUGUCGAGCUAUCAACACACACUUCUGAGAACAGCUCUUCCCAAAUCAAUGAAUUCUUUGACUAUUUGGAGGUACGCAUGCUCGAUCCAAUCUCUUUUGUCCGAUCCAGAGUGCUCCAAUCUUAUCUCAAGAUCCUCGACAUUAAAUCCAAAUUCCCUAAGCGGCGGCAUGCAUUGGGUGUCCUCGCCCUUCGUCAUUUGGAAGACAAAAGCAGUGUUGUCCGCAAAUACGCCAUUCGAGCCCUGACAAAGUUAAUAUCAACGCAUCCAUACAGCAUGUACGGUGGUGAAUUGGACCUUGAAGAGUGGCAACGUAAGCUGGAUAAGAUUAAAGAAGAGAUGUCUAGCGUACGAACAGCAGAUGAGGUCGCAGCUAUGACUGGUAUGGCAGCAGCGUCUAUUCGAGAACAACAACAACAACAACACCAAACGUCACAACAAUCAACACACAAUGAAGAGCAAGCUGAGCAGCAAGAAUCUGAUCGAGAACAACCAAAAAGCAAUAAUGAUAAUGACGUGGAAAUGACCGACGCCUCACAAGAUAAUACAACAUCCGAGAACCAACAACAAUCAACCGAGCCAACAUCUCCCUCUAAAGCCGCCAAUGAUGAAUCCAACCGAGAAACAACACCACAACCAACGGCUGAACCCGUACCGCAAUACACAAUCAUUUCACCCGAGAAAAUGCAACAACUGACAUUGAUGCGCACUUUCCAUAUGGAUGCUGUCAAAUUUGUGCAACAAUUACAUGUCGCCAUCCCCAUCAUUUGCCAACUACUUUCAUCAAAGUCCAAGCCGGAGGUAUUGGAAGCCAUGGAUUUCCUUGUCACAGCACAUAAUUACAAAGUGAAGCCUGCAGCAGAUGGGAUCAAAAAGAUGCUUCAUCUUAUAUGGACUAAGGAUACCAGUGACGAAGGCAAGGGGAUCAAAAUGAAGCUUCUCGAUUGCUACCGUACUCUGUACUUUGAACCUGAUGGUCGACUUUCCAGGCGAGAAAAUAUCAACACAACAGCUCGCAACUUAAUACACCUUACCUUCAAUACCACCCUUGCCGAGCUCACGUCCCUGGAACAACUACUAUGCACCGUGAUGGCUGAGGAUCCAUUACCUGAAGCUGUCAUUGACAAGCUUUGGUCGGUUUAUGGAUUUACGCGGGCAAAUAUUCCCAAGGCACAACGACGAGGUGCCAUUAUCAUCCUUGGCAUGUUGGCAAAGGCAAAGACUGAAAUUGUAAGCGAGAAGGUGGAGCUCUUGUUACGGAUAGGGCUUGGUCCAUUAGGCAAGGGUGAUCUGAGUCUGGCUCGAUAUACGUGCAUUGCCCUUCAACGGUUGGCGGGUACCAAGCAACCCGAAAAAGGACGCAGUGUUUAUGAAGGAAUGCGAUUGCCAAUGCAACACGCCAUUUUCCCACGUCUGAAGGAUAUUAUCGAAAGUCCCACUGAUUCCAUUGAAUGGUUCAGUGUCACAGAACAAGCAAUCAACACAAUUUAUUUACUGGGCGAGCAUCCCGAUGUGCUAUGCGCUGAGAUUAUCCGCAACAAGACAACCAAAGUCUUUGGUGAACGUGAACGAUCAAGGACACCUGCUUCCGGGACCAAUGACGAGCCAAAUAGUGAACCCAUGGAGAUUGAUUAUGACUUGAGCGCCUCUCAGCAAGCAUUACCAUAUCCGCAAAACCCCGUAUUCCAGAGCUCAACCGAACUCAGUCAACUUGUAUUCCUUGUCGGUCAUGUGGCACUAAAGCAAAUUGUACAUUUGGAAAUCCUUGAAGCAGCAUGGAAAAAGAAAAAAGGCAAAAAGGAUGAGAAUGAGUCUGGUACAGGUGGUGAUGAUGAAUUGGAUCAAGUUGGUGGUACUGCGGAGGAUGACAUUGGCGACACCAUCACACAUAUCCGUGAGCGUGAGGUUCUCUUUGGUCCCAAUUCCUUGCUUGCACGCUAUGGUCCAUUAUUAACAGAGAUUUGUGCACGCAACAAAAUCUAUACGGAUCGAACAUUGCAAAUGAUGGCAACCUUAGCAUUGGCGAAGUUCAUGUGCGUGAGCUCUGAUUAUUGUGAAAAGCAUCUACAACUACUAUUCACCAUUCUGGAACGAUCCAAGGACGCCACCAUUCGAAGCAACAUUGUCAUUGCACUUGGUGAUAUGGCGGUCUGCUUCAACACUUUGAUCGAUGAAAACAUCUCAUUCUUAUACAAUCGCCUGUCGGAUGAAAGCACCCUUGUCAAGAAGAAUGCAGUGAUGGUAUUGACGCACUUGAUCCUAAAUGGCAUGGUCAAGGUCAAGGGACAAAUCAGUGAGAUGGCUCGGUGCGUGGAGGACCCUGAUCAACGCAUUGCAGACCUCGCCAAACUAUUCUUUACCGAGUUGGCCACCAAAGAUAAUGCAAUCUACAACAAUUUACCAGACAUUCUCAGUAACCUCACCAAUUGCGAGCCUAAAGUGGAAGAGGAAAAGUUCAGAAGGAUCAUGCGCUUCAUCUUUUCUUUUGACUUUGCUGAAAAGGAAAAACAAGCCGAAAAUGUGGUUGAUAAGCUAUGUCAGCGUUUCGUGAAUACCGAUGACCAGCGGAUUUGGCGCGAUAUUGCCUUUUGUUUAUCAUUGCUUCCCUUCAAAUCAGAGAAGAGCUAUCGCAAGUUAAUGGAGAACAUGGCAGGAUAUCAAGAUAAGCUUCAUGAGGAAUCGGUGCAUAGGAGCUUUAUGGAGAUCAUUGCCAAGGGACGAGCACAAAAGAUGACCAAACCCGAGCUCAAGUCGAUUAUCGAUGAACUGGAACAAAGGGUACAAAAGCACAGUGGCCAGCAGAAAUCUGAUGAGGAUGACAAUGAUGAACCUGUCAACAACACACCCACUACCAAAAAGAAGCGAGUGUUAAGGUCAAAGCGAGCAACAAGUUCCAAUACUAAGGAAACGGCGGGCAAAUCGGGUGGUCCAGCCUCGAAAAAGAAACCAGCACGGAAACGGAAACGGACAAUUGAGGAGAGCGAUGAGGAAUCUGAUAUGGAAUUGGAUGACUUUGAUGGCGGCGACGAUGACGAUGAUGGUGAAGAGGAUGAUGACGACGAUGAUGAUAUGGUAGAUGAAGAAGAUGAUUAUGAGGAGGAACAGGAAAAGGAACCCCAAGAUGUACCUAAGGAUAAGGAUGAUGAUGAUGAAAUGUCAUCUGGUCAAUAA